AUGCCACUGCUAACUUGGGGAGAUUUUAAGCCGUCCAAUCGCCUAGCCGAAUCACUCUCUCACCUCCUACAUCUACAUGUUGAGUCACCAGCCCAAAAAAGCCUUCACUAUACUAAUCAGAAUUUCAAAAUUGAGGGCAAGCACAACACUCCAGUUAUGUCUCCUAAGGAAGACAUAUUGGAAAAAUGGCGUGAAAUUCAAGGUGGUUAUGAGUGGGACAAUCUUCUUGAUCCCCUUCACCCGUGGCUUCGACGAGACAAUGUAAAAUAUGGCGAGUUCGCGCAAGCAACGUAUGAUGCCUUUGAUUUUGAUUCAUUCUCGGAGUAUCGUGAGAGUUGUAGAUAUAACGAAAAUAGGCUUUUUGAUAAAUUAGGCCUUCAUAAGCAUGACUAUAAGGUGACUAAGUACAUUUAUGCUAUGUCACAUAUAGAUUUGCCUCGAUGGCUCGAGAGGUCUCACUUGAUGGACAAAUGGAGCAAAGACUCAAAUUGGAUGGGAUUCAUAGGAGUCACAUUUACAAGUGAAUCAACUAGGUACAACAAGUCUAGUGCCUCGGAACAAGUUAUGAAAGAAGUGAAGAGGCUAGUGCAAUUCUACAAUGCAAGAGGUGAAGAAGUGAGCCUUACAAUCACUGGACAUAGCCUAGGAGGUGCAUUGGCUCUCCUCACUGCUUAUGAAGUUGCUUCCUCUCUCCCUGGCCUUCAUGUUAACAUUAUAUCAUUUGGUGGGCCUAGGGUUGGGAAUAUAGCUUUUCGAGAUGAGUUGCACCAAAUCGGAGUAAAAACACUGCGUGUUGUAGCUAAACAAGAUUUAGUCCCUCGUAUGCCCGGGCUUGUUUUCAAUGAAAGCCUACAAAAGUUUGAUGCCAUAACCGGAACACUAGAUUGGGUUUACACACAUGUUGGAGCUGAAUUGAAGCUUGAUGUAUGGUCUUCUCCUUAUCUGAAACGCGGAUUUAACGUCUCAGGGUUCCAUAUGCUGGAGACUCACCUUCAUCUAGUAAAUGGGUUCCACAGUAAAGCCUCAACAUUUAGGUCUGAUGCUAGAAGGGACGUUGCUUUGGUGAACAAGACCUGUGACAUGCUUGUGGAUGAACUGAGGAUUCCUCAUUUUUGGUAG